AUGAUCUAUCUAUCUAUCUAUCUAUCUAUCUAUCUAUCUAUCUAUCUAUCUAUCUAUCGUCAUCCACAAACAGACUGUUUCGCGAUUCAUGCUCAUUGUUAUUCUUACGACUCUCUCUUGGUUUGGUCUUCCCUUUCGGGUCUUUUAUUCCAUAGACAGACCUCCCCUGUACAUCUUAAUUGGUUUAAUCUAUUUCUCUCGUUUCAUCUAUCUAUCUAUCUAUCUAUCUAUCUAUCUAUCUAUCUAUCUAUCUAUCUAUCUAUCAUGAUUUGUGGUCAAUCACAAAAUGUAUCGUAUAUAAAAUCUAUCUAUCUAUCUAUCUAUCUAUCUAUCUAUCUAUCUAUCUAUCUAUCAUUUCUAUUUAUUCAAUUUAUAUAUCGAUCUAGCAUUUCUCUUUAUUCAAUCGAUGUAUUGAUCUAUCAUUUCGCUUUAUCUAUCUAUCUAUCUAUCUAUCUAUCUAUCUAUCUAUCUAUCUAUCUAUCUAUCUAUCUGUUUCCCUUUAUUUUAUCUAGCUGUUUGUCUAUCUAUCUAUCUAUCUAUCUAUCUAUCUAUCUCUUUCUCUUUAUUUCAUUUCUAUCUAUCUAUCUAUCUAUCUUAUAUAUAAUAUUUUAA